AUGCCAUAUGAAUGUGAACAUUGCGAAGAGAAAUUCAAGCAUUAUGAUGAGUUGUUAAGACAUUUAAUAAUACAUGCAAGGGAGAGACGAUAUGAAGUUAAAAUAUUGGCUCUGAAAACACAUGAUAUUGAAAGACAUUUGAAGAAACAUGCUGGCAAUACUCCUUAUGAUUGUGAACAUUGUGGAGAGAAUUUAAAUCAAAUUUCUUAUUUUAAAACUGAUAGGAAGGUACACACAACAAUAACAUCUUACACAUGUCAACAGUUUUCCAAUGGAAGUUUGGAAACACAGCCAAGGACUUAUAAAGAUGAGACACAUAAGUUUAAUCAAAGUGGUUGUUUGAAAACACAUUUGAGAGGACAUGCAAAAGAGACACUUUGUGUGUGUAAAAAUUAUGGAAAGAGAUUUCAUCGCAGUAAAAAAGUGAAAACAGAUUUGAGGGUACACACAAAAUACCUCAAUGAUACAAAAGAGACACCUUGUGUGUGUGAACAUUGUGGGAAGAGGUUUAAUCAAAGUGGGAGUUUAAAACUACAUUUGAGGAUACAUACUGGAGAGACACGUUAUGAUUGUGAACAGUGUGGGAAGAAGUUUAAUAACAGUUGUAAUUUAAAAACACAUUUGAAGAUACACACUGCAGAGACACCUUAUGUAUGUCAACAUUGUGGGAAGAAGUUUAAUCAAAAUGGGAGCUUGAAAAAACAUUUGACGAUACACACUGCAGAGACACCUUAUAUGUGUGAACAUUGUGGGAAGAGGUUUCAUCAAAAGGGUAAUUUAAAUGUACAUUUGAGGGUACAUACUGGAGAAACACCUUAUGUGUGUGAACAUUGUGGAAAGAUGUUUAAUCAAAAGGAACAUUUUAAAAUUCAUUUGAGGCUACACACUGAAAAGACACCUUAUGUAUGUGAUCAUUGUGGGAAGAAGUUUAAUCAAAAGGAACAUUUAAAAGUACAUUUGAGGGUACACACUGGAGAAACACCUUAUGUAUGUAAACAUUGUGGAAAGAGAUUUAAUCAAAGUGGGAAUUUAAAACAACAUUUGAGGAUACAUACUGGAGAGACACCUUACGAUUGUGAACAUUGUGGAAAGAGGUUUAAUCAAAGUGGGAGUUUAAAACAACAUUUGAGGAUACACACUAGAGAGACACCUUAUGUGUGUGAACAUUGUGGAAAGAGGUUUAAUCAAAGUGGGAGUUUAAAACAACAUUUAAAGAUACAUAGUGGAGAGACACCUUACUGUAUGUGUGUGAACACUGUGGGAAGAAGUUUAAUGACCGUAGUAAUUUCAAAAAACACUUGA